CACUGCCAGCCGGCAAGCGGCGGGGAAGGGGCGGCCAGGAAGUACUCCCGGGAAGCGGGGGCCUCGCAGCAGGAGCCAAAGAGAGGCCCAGGGUCAGAGGAGGAGAAGGAGGAGACCAUCAUGGGCGGGCAGAUGGAAUCUAUUCCGGCUGGAGUGUUUACAAUGGGAACUGAUGAGCCAGCUAUACGACAAGAUGGGGAAUGGCCAGCAAGGAAAGUCCACAUCAACCAUUUCUUCAUGGAUCGCUAUGAAGUCAGCAAUAGACAAUUUGAAAAGUUUGUGAAUGCCACUGGCUAUCUCACAGAGGCAGAAAAAUUUGGAGAUUCCUUUGUAUUUGAAGGCAUGUUGAGUGAACAAGUGAAGAGUGAAAUCCAUCAGGCUGUUGCAGUUGCGCCAUGGUGGUUGCCUGUCAAAGGAGCUAACUGGAAGCACCCUGAAGGUCCUGAUUCUAAUAUUGAAAACAGAAUGGAUCAUCCUGUUCUUCAUGUUUCUUGGAACGAUGCUGUAGCGUUUUGCACUUGGGCAGGAAAACGACUACCAACAGAGGCUGAAUGGGAAUACAGCUGCCGAGGUGGCCUUGAGAAUAGACUUUUUCCCUGGGGGAACAAGCUUCAUCCAAAUGGCCAGCAUUAUGCUAACAUCUGGCAGGGAGAUUUCCCUACAGGCAAUACUGGGGAGGAUGGAUACAAAGGAACAGCACCUGUGACAGCAUUCCCUCCAAAUGGUUACGGAUUGUACAACAUUGUAGGAAAUGCUUGGGAAUGGACAUCAGAUUGGUGGAGUAUUAGUCACUCUGCAGAUACGGCAUACAAUCCAAAAGGACCCCCAACAGGGAUUGACCGAGUAAAGAAAGGUGGAUCAUAUAUGUGCCAUAAGUCCUACUGCUAUAGGUAUCGAUGUGCAGCUCGAAGCCAAAAUACUCCUGACAGUUCUGCUUCAAACCUGGGAUUCCGCUGUGCUGCUGAUACUCUCCCUGACUACUUAAAAUGACAAAGCCGACAGCUGCCGAGGACUAAGAGAACUCACCAAGGCCUUAAAAGAACAGGAUGCAGCUCAAGCAAAGAUGAUGCCUGAUCAGAAAGAAAGAUUAAAAAUAGACAUUUUGAAAAUGUCAGCUGGCAAUUUUCUUCUUGAAUUACCUGUUACUGAAGAAAACAGACUUCUAUUUAAUUUAUAAAUAUGAAAUUCUUAAUGAUGAUAUUUUGAGCAUUAAAUAGAUUUACAUCCAAAUCAGAGAGAACUAUGGCCCUUGAAAUACAAAUGGAAAAAUAAAAUUUAAAAUAAUAAUAAAAAGAAAUAAAAAUGGCCCUACAUGUUUUCGUUUUCUUAAAAUAAAGGUGCACCCUUCUGAGACAAUUACUUUCAAGCCCCAGAUAGAUUAAUAGAAGUAGUUAGAAAGUAAAACAUUGCUAUAUUUCAUUUAAUUACAAUUGUUAUAAUGAUGUCACAAGUGAAGGAAAACAGAAAAGGUCAUCCUGAUCCAAAGGAAGCUCAAGUCCCACUAAAAUUAGUGGGUAGUCAGAUAUGAUUAUUUUAACUUAGUGAUUUCACUAGGAUGUAAGUGCAGUUAACUUUCUUUGAGAUCAGUAAUUUGAUAUAUAUGUUUGUUACCUUGGCCUCUGAGACUUAUCUCUGGAAAUGUAUAUGUGUUUUGCAGUAUGCUUUGUCUCUCCUAUGAUUCAUCACCACUUCCUGUUUAGCAGAGAGUUCUGUGAUCUUAAUGAGAAAAAACUUCCAGGUAGUUGAGGGCCAUCAGGAAAAUAACAACAACAGUUCCUAAGCAACCUAUUAUUUAAUUAAAUUGUGGGGUUGCACUGGAAUAAACCAGUGGAUCCAUUAAGAAUAUGGCUGGAAAUAUAUUUUAUCUUCACAGAGGGGCACUAGACUGGAUCAUGAGAGAAACUGUCAAUGACACGAAUUCGGAAAAUGUAUUUGAACAAUUAAUGUAAUAUACCUGUUGCCAGAUGUGAAUUUCUUAUACUAAGGCUGUAGCCCUACACAAAUAUACCUGUCGGUGUUGAAAGAAAGUGACAUUUGAAGCACUGGCUUUAUAAUACACAUAUGAGUGGGGUGGUAAGAACAAGGGGGUUUGUGCACAUUGAGAUGGCUCAGCUCCCUGUCUGCUAAGGAUCCUUUAUGGUUGUGAGCCUUCAGCAAAUGUGGCUGAUAUAUUUUCAGACCCAUGAGGGCUAGGAACACGACAGCUGGGAUUCUUGAUAAGGAACGAUUAGAGAGUAGGCUAUGAAUGCGUGAUGGGCUGAAUCUUAUUCUGAUUUCUCUGAACUAGAAUAGAUUGAAUCAGCUGUUGAAUACAGUAUUCGAUUCAACAUUUAUGAAAAAUUCCAUUGGUUCAGUGCUGGUACUUAUUCUAGUUGAGGCUACCAACAGCAAUCAGGACUUUGGAAAUGAAUCUAGUGAAAUCUAUCAAAUGGGUUUUUCCUGAAACAAAUUGCACUUCAAAUUUUAUGAGCCUGCACCAAUUAUCUAGGGUAAUAAUUUUCCUUUAGAGGGGAUUAAAAUGUAAUCUACUACAGUCACUGGCUUUUUGAAUAUACGGUAUCUUUUUACACGCACACAAACACACACACAGAGAGCAGAGAGUGAGAGAGCGCAAGGUGCUGUUUAUUGGGGGAAAUGAUGAAAAGACAUCUGUCAGAAAUGCCAAUAUUAUAAACUGAUGACAAUACAUCUUUCACAGACCCGUUGAUCAGAGGUAACCUGGUACUCUCCAGAUGAUUUGGACUAUAUGGACAAUGUUUGAGGGCCAAGGGUGUUGGUAAGUAUAUGUGCAGGGCCUGCCCUUGUUCUCAGGUAAUGCCUUUAAUGGCACAAGCAAAAAUGCAUUUGAAGUUUAAGAAACAGGACUUAUAAUAUGAGAAGCUAAUAAAAUGCCUACUCGUCACAGAUGAAUAUAGCCAGUGCUAAAAUCACAUGUUUAUUGGCAUUUCUGUAAUGUAUUGUGGAUCCUCUUAAGUUCAAUCAUGGAUGUAUAUGAAAUGUUUUUUAUAGUGUUACUAUACUAAUGUCUGCACUACAUAAAGCGUUGAGUUCACGUGGGUUAAACAUCAGUUAAUGUUAUGCAAACUGAAACAUAUGCUUCUAAUAACUAUAUAGUGAACUCAUUAAAAAUGUCUAAUUGAAAUAUCAUGUUUAUUCUCUUCCUAACAAUUCAGUUGUAUUCCAUGCUGCCUACAAAGAAGGAAGCUGUUUGGUGUUGCUCAUCAAGCUACACAGAUUUUGUCCUUGCCUGAAUAAGAAAAUGUAGCAUUUAAAGUGACUUACAAGGAAUGAAAUCUGCCAGUUCCCCCCCCCCCCCCCCCCCC